AUUAACUUUAAUUUAAUAUUUAGUUAAAAAAAUAUAUUAACUUACCUAACCAUGGAUAUGUUUCAAGUAUACCUUUAAAAAAUUUUGUGAAAGAAAACUAACAUUUUUAUACCAUGUUUGAAAAAAUUACAUUAAUUGCACACAGGUGCAAAUUCGUAUCGAUUUCAAAAUUCAAUAGUGAUCUGCUCGAAGGCUUGGCUGAGAAUUUUUAGACAUGGAAUAUAUAGUAUAGAAUGCUUACUUUUUUACGUAGAUGGCUUUACAUCAUAGAAUUAGUUCUUGAAAUAGUUUUAUAGUUUUAAAAAAAGUGCUGAUGCAAAUUUGCACCUAUGGAUAGGAUACCCUUCAAUCAUUAUUAAUGAUAGAUUAAUUUUAUAUAAUAAACAUAAGAAUUAUUCUUAAUUAAAUAAGUCUUUUUAUCAAUCUACUUGCAUGCAACGCAGCACAAAAGUACAAUAAGUUUUUCAUAGAAUUUUGAGAUUUCAUUUAGCAGAUUACGAUAUAAAGAGGGUGGAAGGAUAGAAUUAACUUAUUUCUUUUGUUAACGGAGAAACAAUCAAUUAAAACGGGGAGAGCAAGAGACCAAGUGCUUGAACGGCAGAAUGACAAUGAGAGAUAGACGCAGGCUCGACGAAUGAGUCAGAUGGUAAAAGAGACGUAGGAGAAGCGCGGCGGAGCCAACGCGGAGGCGAGACUGUGCCGAGCAAUGGGUCUCUGCGGGAGUCGCCUUACGUCGCUCACACAUGUCACGUCGCGCUAAUUGAAUUUUAACAAGACAACAGUCAUUUGCUUACCACGAUACACAGACGAAUUCGAGAAUCAUUUAACGCAUCUUUACCCACCAACGUUUCUUUCACAACUGCGCAAGAACGCGAUUCGACGUGGAUCUCUCUGGAUCACAUAAUCCAUACUAAUACGCGUGUUAAAUUCUUGAAAAAGACAGAUAUGGGAUGUAUUGCUUAUAUGAAUUGGUACAUAUGAAAAUUUCAACGCUUGAUAAAGUUUUAUCUACGACUCUAUAUCUCGCUUUACAUCCUAUUUAUUUGAAUUGCUGCAAUUGUUUUUUAAAAACAAACGUACGAGUGCAGACACGUGUACAAGACAAUAAUAUGGAAAUCGACAUCAACAUUAAUGAUGUAUUGCAAGAAAUGAUAACAUUUCUGGAAUGCCUUCGCGAGGCGCACCUUCCACUUACACUCGAGAAUUUACGAGAAAAAACUGUUGAUACGCUCGAAAGCAUUCUGAACGUCACAACGACAAUGAUGGCUGGAAUAUCGGAACCUUAUUUAGACAUGAAACCUGGUUCAAAAAGCUUAUUAUGGACAAGGAACGGAACCGAUUCGGAGGAAUACAUAGGAAUGUGUGUAGAAGAAUCUCAAAAACAUAUCCAGACCCAUUCUGAUCGCAUGUCCGGUCAUCAGGAUUACUACGAAACCUUUGAGAACGAAAGACAGAUCGCGAGUGCAUCAGCGAAUAUAUAUUCCGGGAAAAAUGACGAUCGGGACGAGAGCCAAAUGCUCAUUGGAAUUUACAAGAAUCUAUCAGCGAUGCAAAUUAAAAGCAAAUGUUAUAAAUGUGGCCCGCUCUUCAGGAGAGAAGGAAAAAAAUUGUUUCUAUCGGAAAGUCGUGCUUGCUGGACCGCAUUGAUUGGAUCGUAUCUGCUCAUCUAUCGAAGCGAACGGCACAAUCGACCGUACGCAAUCUAUCCAAUUCAGGGUUACAUGGCUCGUCCAGCACCGAAUAUGAUUCCUCGUGAUCGACAAAAGAGCGAUUCGGCCUUUGAGAUGUACAGUCCUGGAAGUGAAACAUUACAGUUUAUCGCGAGGACACCGAAGGACAUGGAUCAAUGGAUAGCAAAGAUUUGCGAAGUGGGAUGUCGUAACAAAAAGGAAAGAGAGAAGAAGCGGUCUAUUGUCGAAUCCUCGCUAACGGAUCAUCACAAAGACGAUGCAACAUGUCGAGGGUAUUGGGGUGCAGAAAAAUCACCUGUCAUCGAUAAGUCAACGACUAAAGCCAAAUCGAGUGAUGACAAAUCAAGCCAAGUUGAGCAUAAAAAUACAGAUGAAAGAGCGCCUCCGCUACCAGCUCGAAUACCACGGAGGCUCCCCUCUUUACCUCCUGAUAGCCCUCUCGUGGAAGUACUCUCUUACAGAGCGACUGUUGAGGGUGACGACGAGGACGAUAAUAAUAUUUAUCAUAGAAUCGAAGAUUUGAGGAACGAAACGCGUUAUCAAAAUAUGAUAUUGUCGAAAAAAAAGCAGCCUGACGAGAGGCAGCAGCAGGAAGCUUUCGAAACUGUUCAAACUGUCGAGUAUGACGACAUUUGUGCAUCUAACGAGAACGUGGUGAGCAAGUUCCGCGCGCACGAUGUACUAGUUUUUCAAGAGACAUACGACGAUGUCAUUACAUCUUUGCGAAUUGACGCUACGACCACUGAGCCGGAAUCAAAUCAAAAUGCAUUUCGUGUCGAUGACGAAAAAAAAGAAGAAUUUUACGACGAUGUAGAAGUAAGUUAGUUAUUAUACUUACUCUAAUUUUUCGUACAAAAAAUAUUCAAAUUUAAGUGUUAACACACAAUUUUGGAAGUUUUCUUUCAAAGGAGGAUAUGCAUUUUAAGCAUGUUUUGGAGCGUGCGGGGAUCAUAUGAUCGAAUUUUUUUUAUUUAGUUUUAAUUAGAGACCCUUUACUAAGAAACACGACAAUCCUGAAUUCUGAAACAAAAUGGCGACGAUGUAUAUACUGAUUGUAAUUGUGAUUGUGAUUGAACGUUUGAAGUCAUAAAUAAGUUUUAACUCACAAAUAAGUAAGGCCAUAAAA